GAACCCCCUCCUCCCCACCCCCGUCCAUUGUAAGACACUAUGGCCCUGACCACAGAGUUGGGAACACAGAUACAACUGAGAGAGGUGGCAGGGAUCCCCCUGAAGGCUAGCACUGUGGACAACUGGAGCCAGAUCCAGAACUUUGAGGCCAAGCCAGAUGAUCUCCUCAUCUGUACCUACCCUAAAUCAGGGACCACGUGGAUUCAGGAAAUUGUGGACAUGAUUGAGCAGAAUGGAGAUGUGGAGAAAUGUCAGAAAGCCAUUAUUCAACACCGCCAUCCUUUCAUCGAGUGGGCUCGCCCACCCCAGCCUUCUG